UGGCUUAUCCCGACGAUGACGGCUCAUUGACAACGUUUGUCUGUCGUCACGCUCAAGGAAACAACGAGAUGUAUCAAUGAAGGUAAACAAUUAAAUAGUAUAUAAGAGAUUUUCAAUUACUCCAAUCAUUCAGUAAGCAUCUGCUAUAAACGCGAGCUAUUACAAAUUAAUAGCAUAUCCUUAAGACGAUUGUUUCAAACAAAAAGCCGUUGAAAUGUUCAAGAUGAUCGCGUGUUGGAGUUGUUUCAUUGUUCUGAUCGCCUUGUACGUUAACAGAGUAACAGGCAGCUGGUUUGCGAACGACUCUGCUGUUAAUAUCGAUAAAGACGUACUAGAUAUUCAAAGUGAAAGAAUAGCAAGGAAGAAGUUCGACUUCAUCUUUCCUGGUACAAAAUGGUGCGGUAAAGGGGACAUAGCGAAGAACUACGAGGACUUGGGCUCAGCGCGCGAGACUGACAUGUGCUGUCGGGAACACGACCACUGCACUGACCUCAUACUCGCCGGGGAGACCAAGCACGGCCUCACCAACGACGCCUUCUACACCAGGUUAAACUGUAAAUGUGACGAGGCAUUCCGGCUGUGUCUGAACAAAGCUAACACGAAGACGUCGCGCAGAAUCGGCAAGAUAUACUUCAACGCGCUAGGCACCAAGUGCUACAGACGAGACUACCCUGUCGUAGGCUGCAACACUUACGGAGGGUCAGUUCUGAAUCUAACUAAAGUACUAUCGACAGGAUACCGUGUUCAAGGUCGUCCUAAGAUAAUACUGAUCGCAUCUCUAAACUAUUGCUUAACUGUUGCAGAUUGUUCAGAAAGAAAUGUUUGGAGUACGAUUACGACACGAGGAGCGAACAGAUCUACCAGUGGUUCGACGUCAGGAACUACGCCAACUGAUGACCUGGACACACUGAACACCUUCCCGGAUGCAGCCCAUAGUUAUUAUAAUAUUAAUGUGAUACCAUUGUUCCUAUAGUCUGUAAUUUAUUUAAGAGUUAUAGUAUUACGUAAAAUUCGAGUUAUAGAUUAUUAUUUUUUAGUGUGGUUUAAUCAUAAUUAAUGAUUACACAAUUAAUAUAUUAUAAUGUACAUUUAUAACUGAAGUGACAUCAAAAUAAAUAUGUAGAAAUAAA